AUCUCCCCUGUGUUUAUCAUGUGAUUGAAUUCAUCAAGGCGAAAAUGGCGUCAAAGCAGCUGACGAUGAAAGGAAUUGUAUCUGUUGUCGUAGCCAUACUAGUGGCUGUCUGUGAGGGCCAGCAGCUGCAUGUCAAGCAUGUCCCUUCCUACGUGGUGCUGCAGAGCCAGGAAGGAGAUUCAGCUCUGCCCUCCAGCGACCUUCACAAUGUGCUGGCCGGCCCCCUGGGAUUGAGUAAUAAAAAAAGUCCAGCCAUGCAGACCAAAUCUUUGCUGAAGAGGCCCAAGGCCAAUGUCCUGAUCACUGUGGCUACGCACAAGGAGCAAUCACUUCCUGUCAACAGCAUGGCUAGCUUUGCUCUGGACUGGGAUGUCCCGUAUGUGAAGACAGAGCUGUUGAUGAACCGAGUGCAGCGGAAAUUUCUGGACCAGGAUCCUCUCAUGCUUGAGUUGGCCUCUGCCAACCAGGCUUUUGAUAUCAAGACAAGCUCGUCGUUGUUCCAGUCCUUGCCCUCCUCGUUUGCCUCCCUUCAGGAUCGACUCCUGGAUGCUGAUUCAUUCCUCAAUCGUCUCAGCCCUGGCUCCAGCUUUUCUUCUUCCCUCAAUUCCAGCCUCACCUCGGACGGUGGUCUGUUGGCCGAGCUGCAGAUGGUGGACGAUGUUGUGGCGACUCUGAAGAAGAACGUGGCCAGCCUGAACGGCAAGACCCCAGACUUGUUCUCCUUCACACUAACCGGCCUGAAGGCCAUCGGGGACGAGCAUGGCGUCAACUCUGACCAGGCCAAGGAUGCUGAGAAACUUUUGACCAACCACCUCGAUCAGAUCACGGAGGAUUUGAAGUCCAUCUACAAGGACAACGUGAUGGUGGAAGUCCUGACCGUGCCAUCUCUGGGCCAGGCCAAUGUGCGCAAGACCAGAAGUCUGAUGGAAACUCUGGCCAACAGCAAGUACGGGAAUCUGAACCUGGAGAUCGACUACUACGCUGAUUUCCCCGUGACUUUCAACAUUGUCCUGUGGAUGAUGGUGGUGUUGUUCAUCGCUGUCUUCUUGGUCGCCUACGGCAUCUGGAACAUGAACCCCAACCUGGAGUCCAUCUUGUACAGAGUACCACAGGACGAAAUUAAGAAGAACAAUUAAAUUCUCUUGUUUAGCUUGAGCGUUUUUUCUGGGUUUUUUUGGUUUUUUUCCCUUUUUAAAUCUAAACACCCAACUAUUUUUGUAAAUAGGCUCGAAAUUGAAACGCUCGGGGCCCCAACCCUUUCUUUUCUUUUUUUUUUUCUUUGGGGGGGGGGGGGGGUUCUUUUUGGUCAGAUUGUAGAUCUCUAGAGCAAAAAUGUGAUGUUUUGUUAGAGGGUCGAUUUCGGUGAAAUAGGAGUUCCAUACAAAUUACCCGGUCUGGAUGGAUUUUACUCAUAGUUUACUUUCAAAUUAUUUAAUCAGCCUAGACUUUGUUUACAUCUUACUGUUAUGUUUACAUCUGUUGGUACCAGUACAGUGCUGGUGUAAGGGAGGUUUCGUGUCAUUAAGAACAAAGAAAGCUUUAUCAUCUUCAUAAGAAACCUUUUUCUUUAAAAAAAAAAAAAA